AUGCAGUGGUCCUCGAUCCUUCUCCUCCUCCUGACAUACGCCUAUACCUUCCUCCCCUUCAGCGCCGCACUCUCCCUCUCCGCCCCCGACUUCAACUGCCAGAAUCUCGACCGGCUCAGCAGAACAGCCCAGCGUAUCAGCCCCCUCCUGGAGAAACUCAUCCAGCUACAUGGCGAGCAUACCUCGGCGCCGAGCGCGCCUUUCGCUCCGGAGGCGAGUAAUGGAAGCGUUGCGCAGGCGCAGGAGCGGUCUGUCCCCGCUUUGAUUCGGAGGAGGGACGCUGCGGUGGAUGAAAAGAUCGCGUCGGUGCAGACCAUGCUGCGGCCCCUGUUGGAGAAGAUUGCGGUCAAGAAGGCUGGGUGUGUGGAGGGGAUUAUGCCGCGGUCUUUUGAGAGUAUUCGUCGGCGGGUUGGGAAUGAGACGGGUGUUGAAGAAGAAAGUGACAGUGACAGUGACAGUGACAGCGAUAGCGAUAGCGAUAGCGAUGAUGAAGGGGAGGACGAUGAUGGGGUUUGUGAACUGAAUGAUGUUUUGGAGAAGCUGGUUGACACGUUGGAAUGUCUGGUGUCGUUUGGUGCGGGUUUGCUGGCGCCGGUGGUGAAUUUGGUGCUUGUUGUGUUGAAUUCGCUGGCUGGGCUGCUUGCUUCGUUGCUUGACAAGGAGUAG